GUUGUAGCGUCUGUGGAGACAGAUAAUUUCUUGAUCAUAGUCAGUUCCUUUACUUAGGUUUAGGUCUCUAAAUCUAGAUCUAGAUUUGAUUUAGAACUUGAAUUCAGCACGACGACAUUUUAAAAUGGUUCGAAUCACCGAGGAUUUAGUCCGCAAAAGAGCUGAACAUAACGAAUGUCAAAUUUCCACACUUGAGGAAAUCUCACUGCACCAACAAGACAUUGAAAGGCUUGAGCAUUUGGACAAAUGGUGCAGGGAUUUGAAAAUUUUAUAUUUACAGAGCAAUUUAAUCCCAAAAAUAGAGAAUGUUAGCAGACUAAAAAAGUUGGAAUACAUAAAUUUAGCCUUAAACAACAUUGAAAAAAUUGAGAAUCUUGAAGGCUGUGAGUCUUUGAAAAAACUAGAUUUGACUGUUAACUUUGUGGGAGAGUUAACAUCAGUUGAGUCAUUAAAAGACUUGUACAAUUUUAAAGAACUAUUCUUAACAGGGAAUCCAUGUGCAGAUUUUGAACAUUACAGGGAGUUUGUUAUUGCUACCCUACCCCAACUACAGUGGCUGGAUGGGGUGGAGAUAGAGAAGUCAGAAAGGAUCAAGGCCAUACAGAACCUUCCUUUUAUUAGAGGGUACAUCCUAGAGCAACAAGCAAGAUACAAGUUGAAACGGGCCAAAGAAAAAGCAGAGGCUCUUGAAAAGCUAAAGCAGAAAUCUAAAGACUGUGAAGGGGCAGAUGGGGAUGGCAAUAACAAGGAGAAUAAGCCUGGCUAUGAUGGACGAUGGUACACAGACAUCAAUGACAGUGACACUCAAGACAAAGUCCAAGAAACUAACAAGGAAAAUGAGAAAGAAAAGUCACACGAAGAAAAAGUUGACGACUUCUGGAAGGAAACAUCCACGUACAGCCCAGAAUCCAGGCUGGAGGUACAUAAUCAUCUGAAAGAACUGAAGGAAAAGGAGAAUAAAAAGGAAGACAAGGAUGUAAAAAAAGAACGAAAACUUUUUGCUGAAGACGGUCGACCUUUUAAUGUGAAUGAACCCAAAGUUGAUUUCACAUUGACUGAAGAUGGUGAAAAUAUUUUUCUUGAUGUGGCUAUCUUCAAACACAUGGACACAUCUCUGCUUGAUUGUGAUGUUCAACCAAAUUUUGUACGUGUGACACUCAAAGGAAAGAUGUUGCAGCUGGCACUGAGUGAAGAAGUGAAUGGAGAUGCCAGUGUGGCUAAGAGAUCCCAAACAACAGGUCAUCUGUUGGUCACCAUGCCAAAGGUGAAACCAAUACUCAAACCCAAACCAUUGAAGGACGUACAACAAAACCCACCUAAAGAGGAAAAGGAUCAAACUAAAAGCCCAAUAAAUUUCCUGGAGGUGGAUUCCAGUGCUAGGAAAUGUGUAGAUUUGACAAGUAUAGUGUCUGACAACCAGACCAAGCUCACCGGGACAUUGCCAUUUGGGACUAGAAGCAUCAAGAGAGAAGCACCGGAGCGAGAAAACAGCUCAGAUUUUGUUGACGACCCAGAUGUCCCUCCCCUCAUCUGACUUGUUUCAUCUUUGUUUUAAACUUCAAUUUGAGCAUUUACAAAAUAAAUUAGUUUGUUCAAGAUACUCAGCAU